AUGACACGGGUACCUGUAUUCAGGCACGUGACGUGCAACAUACCCAAGGGGCGGUCUAAAGCCUCGGGUUGGAGAAGCUUCUGUGGCGAGCCGUGUCCAGAUGGAACAUUUGGUCAAGGAUGUGAAGGAAGAUGCCGGUGUGAAAAUGGGGCAAGCUGUGACCGAUUUGACGGACGCUGCACCUGCACCGCUGGUUGGUUUGGAGCCUCUUGUGACGCAGCCUGUGAGGUAGGAUUCUAUGGAGCUCAUUGCACACUGACAUGUGAAUGUUUAAAUGGCGCCACCUGUAGUCGGUUUGAUGGUAGUUGUGAAUGUUCAAAUGGAUACACCGGAGAACAAUGCGGGCUGCUCUGUCCACAAGGGUAUUUUGGUGAAAAUUGUGAGAGCCGUUGUCGCUGUUAUCAUAAUGCUGAAUGCUCUCCAUUUGAUGGCACGUGCAGCUGUCCAGCCGGAUGGAGUGGAGACAGAUGUGGCACGCCGUGCGAAGCAGGAUUGUUUGGAGUCCAGUGCUUGGAGCGAUGUAGGUGCCAGAAUGGAGGAGCUUGUUCUAGAUUUGAUGGGGCAUGCACAUGCACAAACGGAUGGCAAGGUGAAUUGUGUAACCGUGAAUGUGAACCGAAUCGAUGGGGACAUAAAUGCCAACAAUUAUGCUUGUGCGAAAACGAUGCAACUUGCUCGCGGUUUGAUGGUACUUGCAGUUGUGGGUAUGGUUGGUAUGGCGAACACUGCAAUACGCCCUGUCCUGAAAAUAGAUAUGGACUUGGAUGUACCCAACGAUGCAAAUGCAAAAAUAAUGCAGAAUGUUCAAACAUUGAUGGAACCUGUACAUGUGGAGUUGGUUGGACUGGGAACCAAUGUGACAUUGCUUGCCCGACCGGUCUUUAUGGUGCAGAGUGCAAAAGCACCUGCUUAUGUCAGAACGGAGGAACGUGCAACAGAUUCGACGGCACUUGCCAUUGCCCACCCGGUUGGCAGGGGAUUUAUUGCAGUACUGAAUGCAGUCCCGGGACUUACGGUGAAGCAUGUGAACGCAAGUGUCAUUGCAGAAAUGACGCAGAGUGCUCUCACAUCGAUGGUGUUUGCACCUGUACAACUGGUUGGUCUGGUGUAAGAUGUGACGAGCCGUGUAGACAAGGGUUGUUUGGUCCUGAUUGUAAUUCAAGAUGUAAGUGUCGCAAUGGUGCAUCAUGUUCGCGAUUCGACGGUACAUGCACCUGUCCAGCCGGAUUUAUUGGCCAGAUGUGCAGUAACUCUUGUGGUGAUGGCUUUUUUGGAGUUCAGUGUUUUCGGACUUGUGCAUGUGGUGAGCAUGACGCAGAAUGCUCACCAGUUGACGGCACAUGUACUUGUAAAGCUGGCUGGACUGGGGAUCUGUGUGAUACGCCGUGUUCGAAUGACCGAUGGGGUGAUGAUUGUAAAAAUGAGUGCAAUUGCCUCAACAAUGGACAAUGCGACCGAAUUACUGGGGAGUGUCAUUGUGCACCCGGUUGGACAGGCACCAUCUGUCACACACCGUGUUCGACUGGACGAUAUGGUAUUGACUGUGCGUUUGAAUGUCUCUGUCAAAAUUCUCGUUUCACUGGGGAAUGCACAUGUACAAGCGGUUGGUCUGGAGAUACAUGUGAAUACCCCUGCCCGUCUGGUUACUAUGGAGUCGGAUGUAAAAGUAAGUGUAGAUGCCAAAAUGGAGCCGUCUGUGACCCAGAAGAUGGUAGAUGCCGUUGUGGUCCCGGAUGGACUGGUGCUGUAUGUAAUCUAGAAUGUCCAGACGGAUAUUACGGUUUGAGGUGUCAGUUUCGCUGUAGAUGCCUAAAUAAGGGAGUGUGCAACAAGCAAGAUGGAACGUGCAUAUGUGCCAGUGGAUGGGUUGGCGAGUCAUGUAACAUCCAAUGUACUGAAGGAACUUACGGUGCAGGCUGUCUCAAAACGUGUGCUUGCAAGAAUGGCGCGCAGUGCUCCAGAUUCGAUGGAACGUGUUCUUGCACAGAUGGAUGGAUGUCUACUGAAUGUGACGUUCCAUGUCCUGCAAACAGGUACGGCGCAAACUGUGUCAAGGUAUGUCACUGCAAAAACUAUGGAACCUGUGACCGUUUUACGGGUGCGUGUGACUGCUUAGCGGGCUGGGCUGGUACUGCGUGUGAUUCCCCAUGCUUGCCAGGUUUCUUUGGGCCUAACUGCAACAAACGCUGUAAAUGUGACAACGAGGCGAGUUGUUCCUCUAUUGAUGGUAGUUGUACUUGUCCCGACGGGUGGAAAGGUACAAGAUGCAAUGAACCUUGCGAUGAACGUCAUUUUGGAAAGGACUGUUCACAACUAUGUUUAUGUCAAAAUGGUGCCACAUGUGAUCGUUUCACAGGGGCUUGCGGCUGUGCUCCAGGAUGGCAAGGGAAUGCGUGUGAUAUUGCAUGCUCGAGCAGGUGAUAUGGCAAAAAUUGUGAACACCUCUGUCGUUGUCAGAACCUAGCAGACUGCGAUACAGUUGAUGGUAGCUGCACGUGUAAAUCAGGAUGGACUGGGAGAUAUUGUGACACUCCCUGUCAGCAAGGCUUUUAUGGUGCUAACUGCUUGUACACAUGUACAUGUGAAAACGAGGCAUCAUGUUCUAGAUUCAACGGGGCGUGCACGUGUCCCCCUGGAUGGUUUGGAGAUUUAUGCAACAUGGAAUGUGCAGACAACACGUAUGGUCUCCAGUGCUUAGAAGAAUGUGAUUGUGAAAAUGGGGCCUCAUGCUCUCGGUUUGAUGGAUCGUGCACAUGUGCACCCGGCUGGACGGGACCGAAGUGCGAUGUGGCAUGUAGGGAAGGUUACUAUGGUGCAUAUUGCACUAAAAGAUGCCGUUGCACAAAUGGAGGAACAUGCUCUCCUUCCAUUGGUGUCUGUGAAUGUACUGCGGGGUGGACUGGGUCCUCGUGCGCCAUCCCGUGUCAGGAGGGCCGUUACGGAGUAGGCUGUCUUGGAGGCUGUUUAUGUCAGAACAACGCAGCAUGCAGUUCUAUUGAUGGGUCAUGCACUUGUUUAACUGGUUGGGUUGGAACAUACUGCGAAACAACUGAUAUCAUUGGAUUCAAAACCUCGCAAAUAAUAUCAACAAGGGAAGUCACAUGUUCAGAGGUGCUGGUGUAUUAUGAGGACGGCAAACACAUAUUUGAAUGCCAAGAAAUACGGUGGGUAAAGAAAUACCGGCGGCCAAAAUAA